AUGGACUGUCCGGCGGAUGGACCUCGCCGACGACGCUGGCUCAGGCGGGUGCGGGCAUCUUGGUUGGUCAAGCAAAAGAUACCUUCGCGUCAGGUUCAAGCACCAGCCGAGGUGGCCGACGCAUGGGUGUCGGAUGGACUGUCCGGCGGAUGGACCUCGCCGACGACGCUGGCUCAGGCGGGUGCGGGCAUCUUGGUUGGUCAAGCAAGAGAUACCUUCGCGUCAGGUUCAAGCACCAGCCGAGGUGGCCGACGCAUGGGUGUCGGAUGGACUGUCCGGCGGAGGGCUCUGACCUGCUUCCUCUCAGCCGGCUUUUCGCUGCCACAGCUGAAGCCAGCCCACCACAUUUCCUCGACUCUGGGAUCGGCCAGCGUAACGUUAACAGACUAA